AACCGCCUCUGUGGGAAACUCCACCAAUGACAUACUGCGCAACCCCCGAGCGACCCUUCAACGUCGCGAGGGAUGCUGACUAUCACUCGAGGGCGCAGAUUCGUUCAGUCUCACAUCAUCACUUGGACCACUAACAAAUCUUCUCUGUUUAUCAACUCAUGUUCUUUCAUGCUCAAGUUGAUAGAGUUUUGCAUUAAUUAUUUUACGUUUAUUUUUGUUUUCUUCUUUAAAAGGACUAAAAGCCCGCAAGUUUCAGUUUUAGUUUAGUUGGCUGUUAGUGUUAAGUGAAUUAAACUAAACAAAUUAUCGCAAUUAUGGCUGGACCUUAUUUAUCACCUCUUGGACCACAAGCUGAUCUUCUUACUGAGUACAUGUUCGGCCGACGGCGUCAGGUCAGUAGACGCAAUCGGACGACGUUUACUCCUCAACAGCUCCAAGAGCUUGAGUCUCUCUUCCAGAAGACUCACUAUCCUGAUGUUUUUUUACGUGAAGAAGUCGCAUUGAGGAUUUCCCUCUCAGAAGCAAGAGUCCAGGUGUGGUUCCAAAACCGUCGAGCCAAGUGGAGGAAGCAAGCCCGGCUUCAGCUUCUUCAAGACGCUUGGAGAAUGCGUUGUCUAGGAUUAGGAAGUGCUGCACCACUUCUUCUUAGACCUCCACCGGCUCCAGGAGUCGAGCGUUCUGAUUCUUUAACUCCACCACCUUCGGCUGGUCUUUCGCCGCCGCAAAUAACUUCCGGAUCACCGGAUAAACUUCCCGAUAAUCCGAACCAUCCAGUCUGUCGAGACUACAGGAUCCUGCCACACCAUGGGUACCCAGUGAACUGCGAUAAAUCACCGGAAAGAGUGAAAUGUGGCUGUGGCUCUCCACCAAGGAGUUCAGGAUCUCCAACAGACAUCGAAGUCGAUUUAGCACCUCAGGAUAGACCCCAAGAGUCAGAAAUGGAUCUUACUAUAAAAACACCGAUGCCCACGCGUCAUCCACAAAUUCCUUCGAUGUUUCAUCAUCUUCCAAGUGAACCGCAACAUGAUCUCAGUCCUGCCACAAGGUCCAUAGACGAACCACUGGACGUUACCUUAAACGGCAAUCGCAAUAAUAAUUAAUAAAAUUUAUCGAUUCUUUAGUUUAAUAUAUAAUUACACAUAUAGUUUUUAACCAUUAUAAAAUUUAGCUGAUGUGUUUCUGUGAUUAUUAUUUUUUUUUCUACUUCAUCUAAUUAAUUAUUAUUAUUGUUUAAAACAUUCGAGUUUUUUUUUCAUUUAUAUAUUUAUCUACAUAAGAUCAAAUGUCAUGAAGCUCUUGUAAAUAUUUGCAACUUGCAUAUCUAAUAUAUAUAUGAUAAUAUAUGUAUAUCUCUAUUAUUAAAACACAUAAUUGCAACGCCGGAACUGUACUAUCAUGUAGUUACGUCGUUAAUAGAAGUCAGGCAAAGGACAUACUGUUGUUAGGUAAAUACCAGACGAAGAUUCCAUUUAAUAGUUGAUAAAAAAAUCUAAAAAAGAAAA